AUGAACACAUUUCUGGUGAACAGGUUUGCGCCGAAAGUCUGUUUGCAAACCGCAGUAAACCUGUGGAGUAGUGGACGACAGGCCAUCAAUAGGUCCCGACAUGUGUUGAGCAUCAAUAGGACAGUCGUGUCGAGCGGACAGUUGGCCGCCGUUUGCAACCGCUUCUACACCACAAUCACGUGCAGGAGGGACGGCACUGACGGUGGACGGACUGGUCUGACGGUUCGGCCGUGUGCUGGGGACGUAUGGGUGCGAGGGAUGGCCCACAAACUGCCCCUCACUUACGACUUCAUACGCGAACGGAUCCUAUUAUUGCUGAAACUGUACGAUAAGAUCGACCCCCAGAAGCUGUCACUAGACUCCCACUUCUACAAGGACUUAGGGCUGGACUCAUUAGAUCACGUGGAGGUGAUUAUGGCCAUUGAGGACGAGUUCCACUUCGAGAUCCCCGACUCGGACGCCGAGAAACUGCUCACUCCUCGCGAUAUACUUAAGUAUAUCUCCGACAAAGAGGAGGCCUAUGAAGGCCUACAGACCGACGACCACAACGAACACCAUUAG